AUGUUCAGUGCCACUAUGCGUCGUAGCAUUGGAUUUGGAUUAAGAUUCAAUUCCACUGUUAGCACUCGCAAGCCUACUGGAAUUGUCUUUAUGAAUAUGGGAGGUCCUUCAAAAGUAAGUGAAACUUAUGACUUUUUACUCAGAUUGUUUUCUGAUAAAGAUCUUAUUCCAUUACCGUUCCAGAAAUAUCUUGCUAAGUAUAUUGCUAAAAGAAGAACUCCAUCUAUAGAAAAGAAUUAUGAAGACAUUGGUGGUGGGUCGCCAAUCAGAUAUUGGUCAGAAUACCAAUGUCAACGUGUAUGUUCCAUUUUGGACAAAACAAACCCAGAAUCUGCUCCACAUAAACCUUAUGUAGCCUUCCGUUAUGCCAACCCGCUUACCGAAGAUACCCUCCAACAAAUGUUGAAAGAUGGUGUUGAAAGAGCGGUGGCAUUCUCUCAAUACCCACAAUUCCUGUAUUCCACUACUGGUUCAUCUAUGAAUGAACUUUAUCGUAAAACUAUUGAGUUAGAUCCUAAAAGAUCAAUUCAAUGGUCUUUCAUUGAUCGUUGGCCAAAACAUCGUGGUUUGGUGAAGGCUUUCUCUCAACAUAUUGAAGAUAAGCUUGCCGAAUUCCCUGAAGAGGAUCGUAAGGAUAUCUUACUUUUAUUCUCAGCCCAUUCACUCCCGAUGGAUAUUGUUAACCGUGGUGAUUCUUAUCCAGCUGAAGUUGCUGCUACUGUGUACGCAAUCAUGGAAAAUUUGGGCUUCUCCAAUAAGUACCGGUUAGUUUGGCAAUCACAAGUUGGUCCAAAGCCAUGGCUUGGUGGACAAACCGCUAAAAUUGUAGAAAAAUUAGAAAAGAAGGAUGAAGUCAAGGGAAUCGUUUUAAUUCCUGUUGCAUUUACUUCUGACCAUAUUGAAACUUUACACGAAUUGGAUAUUGAAUUGAAAGAUGAAUGUGAAUUUCCAGAAAAGAUAAAGCGUGCUGAAUCUUUGAACGGUAAUCAAGAGUUUAUAGAAGGACUUGCAGAACUUGUCCAGACCCAUUUGAAGUCCGGUGAACCUUAUUCCAAGCAAUUGGAGUUAGAUGUGUUGCUUGCAGGUGAGUAUGCCUCGGAUACAUUCAAACAUCCAAGUGAAUUGUUCGGUGAUCAUAGAAAGUUAUAA